UUGGAGAAGACGACGUAGCAAAAUAAUCAGUAAUUAUGAAAUUAAUUAACCAUGUAAUCUUCUGGGUUGUCUGGUAAUGCAAAACGAAAGAUACCCAUUUAAGAAUUUUCUGGUUAAACCGCCAUUGUUAUACUGAUCAAACAAACUAAUCACGCCCAUCUGCUCCACGCCCUACCAGUCUUGACCGAGAAGCUAUUAGUGCCGGACGGACGGUAUGGCAGCGCCGACGACGGAUGUUGCCGGAAAGAAGAAGAAGAAGAAGGCAUCGUCAAGAGGGCACAACAGGUUCGUAGGUGUCAGACAGAGACCGUCAGGAAGAUGGGUUGCAGAGAUCAAAGACUCGUUGCAGAAGGUUAGACUCUGGCUCGGCACUUUCGACACGGCGGAGGAAGCCGCUAGGGCUUACGAUAACGCGGCUAGAGCCUUGCGCGGUGUCAAUGCGCGGACCAAUUUCGAGUCGCCGCCGCAGUCAGCGCCGACUGCAAAGCAGAAUGGUAGUACUCUCGCCGGGCGUCUCGCGGUGGAAAAAAUGGAGCCUUUCUCGUUUGAGGCGGUUUGCGGCGGCUCAGCCAGUGAUGGGUUUCUUGGUGCGCUCAAAGCCAAGCUUCUUGACGGAAAGGGUUCGCGAGUUCGAGCCCUGUUGGCUGCAAGUUUUCAAUUCCCACCUCUUUUUAGCCCUCCGCCUAACCCAACUGAUCCCGUGGUGGACCGAACCGGGUUCGGCCAGUGGCACGAUCCGCCACCCCAGGCUGCUCCCGCAAAAACCAGUGUCAUAUGGUCCAACGAACAGUUAGUUGACUGGGGGACAAAUGGCGCCAGUACCCAGAUGAACUAUCACGGUUCUGAUCAGAAUAAUUGCUCGUUUGCGUCGACAUGGCCGGCGUCGGUAUCUGAAAUUCGAGGUGUUUGGCCAUUAGAUCAGCCCCAGUUUGUGGGCUGUGAUGAAGAAGAUGGUGUUUGGGGUACUGGUGGUGAUGAUGAUCGUGUACCGACACGAAAAGUUGUUAGACACUCCGUAGGCGUAAACAACUUGAAGACUUAA